CACCUUCCUCUUGGCUGGAAGAAAACAUCCAAAUCCAAACAAGCAUUAGUUGGUUCAGUGAUUUCUCCACCACUUCCGCUCGAGACACCGGGAAGAAGAGGACUUGUCGAAGAUGAGCAAGCUCUGGACUGUGCUGACGCAUCUCCACACUCUCGCAGGGCCUGGCGUGAUGCUCUUGUACCCCUUGUAUGCGUCGGUGCAGGCUAUGGAGAGCCCGUCGAAGCUGGACGACGAGCAGUGGCUCGCCUACUGGAUCCUCUACUCCUUCGUUACCCUCGUGGAGAUGGUCCUCGAGUCCCUCAUCUACUGGAUACCGAUCUGGUACGAGCUGAAGCUGCUGUUCCUGGCGUGGCUGGCGCUGCCCAACUUCAGGGGAGCAGCCUUCAUCUACGACAGGUUCGUCAGGGAUCAGCUCAGGAAGCACGGGCUCACAAACCACCCCGGCAGCGGCAGCGGCAGCAGUACGAGCGUGAGCAAGAAGGAGAACGGCGCCAAGGAGAAGUCGCCCUCGACGUCUCCCAAGGAGAAGGAGAACGCCAAGAGCAAGUUCCUCUCCUUCGUCGGGUCCAAGAAGGAUCAUGAAAAGCACUGAGGGUCCAAGAAGGAUCAUGAAAAGCACUGAGAGAUUCAUAGGUCCAUGUAGCUGUCUUGUGGUUGUGGUGUCCAUUUUUUUCUUUUUCUUUACUUCCAUUUCUGCAGCUGGAGACCUGGAGUAGUAGUUUACAUGCGUGGCCAUGGUCAACAUCUAUGUGUGAAGUGUGAACAAACACCAUUGGAGUGGGAGCGUAGAGGCUCGUCCCUGUGGACUAGUGGUUUGGGUUGAUCUUAGCGUGUAAAUGCAUUAUCAGAUUCUCUGAUAAAUGAGGAUUCAGAAGGACCUGACAAUAA